UGCUCCACAUGACAGGGCUGACCAAGACGCAGCAGAAAAGCAACAUGAACGAUGUGAAGCUCGCUGUCCUGGGCGGUGAGGGAACCGGCAAGUCUGCUCUCACAGUAAGGUAUCUUACCAAGCGAUUCAUUGGAGAAUAUGCUUCUAAUUUUGAAUCCAUCUAUAACAAGCAUUUGUGUUUGGAAGGGAAGCAACUGAAUCUAGAAAUAUACGACCCCUGUUCUCAACCACAGAAAGCAAAAAUUUCCCUCACCAGUGAGCUGCACUGGGCAGAUGGGUUUGUUAUUGUGUAUGACAUCAGUGACAGGUCUUCAUUUGCUUUUGCAAAAGCCCUGAUCUACAGGAUUCGGGAGCCACAAACUAGUCAUUGUAAAAGAGCUGUGGAAGCAGCAGUGCUUUUGGUUGGUAACAAGCAAGAUCUCUGUCAUGUGCGAGAGGUUGGCUGGAAAGAAGGGCAAAAACUGGCAUUGGAUAACCGGUGCCAAUUCUGUGAACUGUCCGCAGCAGAGCAGUCUCUGGAGGUAGAAAUGAUGUUUAUCAGAAUUAUCAAGGACAUCCUGACAAACUUCAAACUCAAAGAAAAGAGAAGACCCAGUGGAUCUAGAUCGAUGGCCAAACUGAUCAAUAAUGUAUUUGGAAAGAGAAGGAAAUCCGUUUAGUAGAAAUGCGAUCCUUGGGGGUUUAUUAUAUCAGAGAGUUUCAAACAUUCAUAUGAUAAUUGAAAUUCACUUUUUUUACAAUUGAAAAAAAUUCUUUUAGAGAUAUAAAGUGACUGAACAUGAACCACAGCUGUGUUUCACAAUAUAUAGUUUGCCUUUUUGGUUGUUUGUAUUUUGUACACUCUGCUUCACACUUAAUCUUUUAUUUACUACACAAAAUAGCCCUCAGUAUAACCUAUUGGUGGAUUACUAUACAGUUUGCCUUGCAAAUAAGCAAUGCUUAUGUAAUUUUAUUAAACUAUCAU